AAAAAAUAAAUACAGGGCUGUAUUUGUUUUUUAAUUUUAGAUUCAUAAAAUAUAUAUCAAACUGCACAUUGGGACCAUGAACAGCUACAGCCUUGUAUUACGAUCGGAAAUAACAAAAGUUCCGGGGUUUUUUUCUUUUCUCAAUGUAACCCCAUAUGAUUCGUUAAAAAUGUGUUUCGACGAAAGCAGCAGAAACAACUGGUAUGUACAUUGGAAGCUAGCACCCAAGUAAUAAUUUUAGAUUCAGUACCAUUAUAAACACGUAGGUAUUAGCACUUGCGUGAUAAUCUUUAAUUUCUUUAUAGAUUAAUUGUAUAUGUUGUAUGUUUCCACGUCAAACGUGUUCUUUCAGUAGUACACGUUUGAAACGAAAGCUUGAGCUAUAUAGCAUAUAGCAUCCGAUAGUCCAGAAACAUACUUGUCUGAACUACAAAGGAGCACUACAGUCUGAGGAACCAGAAUGGACUUUUUCUUUGAAGAAACACCCAUCUCCCAUUCCAACCAGAACAAAGAACGCGACGAGGACCCAGGAAUGGUCGAAGACCCACAGGCCUGUUUGAGCAGGGAUGACACUGACGAGACUUCCAGCCCCAACGACAUCAGCAGAAGAGUGCAGGAGCUGGUCGAGAAGAUUCACGACCGCCGCACCAGUGACCAAAAAGAAAUUGAAAGCUUUCAGCAGAGUCUUGUAGAAAAGGUGACGGAGGUGUGCCAGCAAAUGAAGCAGGACUUGUACACGGUCUAUGAAGAGAACAGCAGCGACAUGCAUGUGAAGCUGAUGGAGUUGACCAAUGUGCUAGAGAUGUGCACCAAGCUCCACAGGGAGCUCCUGGAAGCCAGCCAAGUGCUGGCCAGCCUUCAAGAUGGCCUUGCCGUCAGCGGCACAGCAGAACCUGUGACAGGCUAGAUUGCAUUCAAGUUCACAGAGUCGAGUUCUUUCCUCCACUUUUCAGAGGUUAUCAUUUACUGAUGGCAUCAUAGACUUGGAACAAUAGUUUGGAUUUCAGUCUUUAGGUCAAAGAGCACACAAAGCUUGUUUUCCCUAUUUAUUAAAAGUAUUAUUAAAAGUAUUGUGUAAGCAGGUCAGUUGCGUUCAAAGAGUAAC